UUUAAAAUAUUAUUACUAUCGCGAAUUUUGUUGUAUUUGUUAUCGUUUAUUAUGGAACGGAACAGAAAUGAGUUUUUUUAUUAAAAUUUGUAUACUUCCAAUCAUUUCACUAUUUUUCUUGAAAACAAUGCUUUCAAAUAAUCCGGAUAUGACUCCAUUCAUGAAUGACAUAACAACCGGUUUAUAUGUCACGUUUACUAAUGAGACUAAAGAAGAACGGCCGUCUAGUGUUAAAGAUAUAAUGAACGUGACGAGGAGGUAUUUGGUUGCUAACAUGGAUAAUCUUAAACACCACGGAAAUAUAGCAGAGAAAAGCAAAGCCUGCUAUUUCACAUCCGUAACGUACAGAGCUGCGAUGUGGGAUCUUCGAAGAUAUUUCGAAAUGCGUUCUCUAUACACCGACUCGAUGGAAUAUGAAAUCGGCUUUCUUUGCCACGAGAUCAUAUACAGAUACCAAUUACUUCUAGAACUUUACCAGAUGGUCGAAAGAAGAUUUGUCUCAUUCGAACAUAAGAAUUACGCUUCAGUAACCUACAUGUUUUACAUAUAUACUAAUAUAUUGGAGCAGUCCAAGGUCAUUAUACACUUAUGUAAUAUGCUACAUGAAGUUGAAAAAAAAUAUAAAAAUGUUAAAAAGGGUCUGUUUAGUGAUUAUGCUGAUCGGAUAGGACCAGACGGCGCUCCAAAUGCUUGGGAAAAGAAUAGAACUUCCCUUGAACAGGCCAGACAAGCAUAUGAGAGGUGGCUCCGGCAGAAAAGACGAGAACAGCGGAAAAGAGAGAAAGAGAGGAAGAAGUAUUUGCAACAAAUGGUCAAGUUUGGACUGACCACAGCAAGAAAACAGACAACGAAGAAGCGUUCAUGGCCCAUACAAUACGGCUGGUCGAUUGAAAAUUGGUAAUACGUCGCAAUAUGAAGCUAUUUUUAAAUUAAAUAAAUACAAUAUACGCAA